CUUUUUUAAUUUAUCAUGAUCCAGCUAAAGGAUCCCGAAAUAAUCAAGAAGAUCUGCAUCAAGGACUUUGAUCACUUUCCGAACCAUCAGCUCUUUUUAGAGAGCAACGAGCGUCUCCUCAACGACAUGCUGAGCGUGAUGAGAGAUCAGCGGUGGAAGCACAUGAGAAACACCCUGACGCCGGUCUUUACGGCAGCCAAGAUGCGCAGCAUGUUCGCCCUGAUGAACGACAGUUUUGGGAAGUGUCUCGAACACUUGUCCCGACUAUCGGAUGGUUCUAAAUCUGGAGAGGGCCUCGAGGUGGACAUGAAAGUGCUUUGCAACAAGCUAUCGAAUGAUCUGAUAGCCACCACCGCCUUCGGGCUGAAGGUGAACUCUUUUGAGAGCCCUGAUAAUGAGUUCUACCAAAUCGGUCAGUCUCUCACUUUCUCCAGAGGAUCGCAGCUGUUCAAGUUCCUGCUCGCCACCCUCAUUCCGAAGGUGUUCCUUAAACAGCAACAAUCAGAGAGCAUGAGAGCUUUGAUGAAUAAUACUUGUGGAGAACAGAACACGUACGGGUAUACUAGUUACGAGUAAACAUACAUAUAUGUAUAUUUCGGCGGG